AUGUCCUCCUCCUCCGCCAUGACUAAGAAAGGGGGCUCGCAAGAAGUAGACAAAUCAUCUCCUCCCCAGCAAAGCGCAACAGAAGUGCAAGAACACAGCGCCAAAGCGGACGCAAGCGCAGGCCUGAAUCUGAACAUCUUCGGCGCCCUCUCCGGCGCGUUCGGCAGCAAAAGUGAGAAGGAGACGGCAGCUGACGGAAGCUCGGUUGAGCAGCGUGAGGAGCGGGCGAAGGUGAAGGGCGCCGGAGCGGGCGAUUUGGACGCGCGAGGGGCUGCUAGUGCGGAGGAGAAGGGGCGGGAGAUGCGGCGGGUGGCGGUUAAGGGAGGGGAGGUGUGA